UCUUGUAUAAAUUAGGCACCACCCCCUUAUGAAUUUUUCAUUCAUUGCAACACAAGAAACUCUUCCUAAACCCUAUACACUCACUUCAAUAGUUUGAAAUAAUAAAACACUAAAAAGAUGAGCUAUGCACAACACUCUCCUCCUCUGGGGUCUGGUAGUAAAACACCUACUAGCAGAAGAACUUUUGAGUUUGGAAAGACACAUGUAGUGAGGCCAAAAGGGAAACACCAAGCUACUAUAGUUUGGCUCCAUGGUCUUGGUGACAAUGGGUUGAGCUCAUCUCAGCUCCUGGAAUCCCUCCGUCUUCCAAAUAUAAAAUGGAUUUGCCCAACUGCUCCAAUCCGUCCAGUAAAGACACUUGGCGGUUUUACUUGCACUUCAUGUAUGUUAUUAUAUCUCUAUUUUUCUUUUUUAGAGAUACCAUUGGCAACAAAAAAAAAUAUAUAUAUAUACAUUAUUUUGAAUGAUGUUAUAUAUUGUAUGGCAGUGAAAGUUGGAAUAGGAGGGUUCAGCAUGGGAGGAGCAGUAGCAGCAUAUUCAGCAACAUGCUAUGCAAUGGGAAGCUUCUCAAAUGGAAUGCCUUACCCUCUCUCCAACCUCACUUCUGUUCUUGCUCUUAGUUCAUGGCUUCCUGGGGGACCCACUUGUAGGACCCUUUUAAGGAACAACAACAACGUUAACACCAUACAUGCUAAGACUCGAGCUGCUUCAUUACCUAUUUUCCUUGCACAUGGAAUUGCUGACGAUGUUGUGCUCUAUAAAUACGGACACCAAUCUGCUCACUCCUUAUAUUCUGCUGGUUUUCGAUGCAUCACUUUUAAAUCUUAUGAUGGGAUUGGUCAUUACACAAUUCCUACAGAGAUGGAUGAUGUCGCCAAUUGGCUCAAAUCAAACCUUGGCCUUGAGGGAUAAAUUAAAUAAAAUUGCAAGAAAUUAAAUACUGAUGUUGGUUGUUGCGUUGAAACAAUGAGGGAACUAGACACUUGUCUGAUUUUCGCCUAUGUUAUUAACAAUACUAAUUAUUAAUUAACGGUUGGUGAUAGUUGCACUCUAUUAUGUAUUGUACUAUUUAACAUUACAAGGGAAACUAGCUUUAAUUUGCAAACAAGUAUGUAUAUGUAAUAUAUAUAAUCCUCUUCUUUUUUUUCCC